UUUCAGUGAAAAAAAUAGCACUUCCUGGUUUUUCUGCAGAGAGAGGCAGAGAGAAGUGCAGACGUGCAACUUCUAAUCUGUGGAUAUGGAGUCUCAACGAGGACACACUACGCUACAAAGCCGAUACUUCAGCCUCGUUUGCGGGCUGUUGUUCCUUGUAGAUGCCGUUAUUUGCGCCCAGCAAGAAUGCUACAACUAUGCCAGCGGACACGUCUACCCUGGAGAGGCGUUUAGAGUGCCCGUGUCCGACCACUCGCUACACUUAAGCAAAGCCAAAAUAUCAAAGCCCGCCCCUAACUGGGAGGGGACUGCGGUGAUUGAUGGUGCGUUUAAAGACCUGAAGCUGUCUGACUACAAGGGGAAAUACCUGGUCUUCUUCUUCUAUCCCCUGGACUUCACCUUCGUGUGUCCUACUGAGAUCAUGGCGUUCAGCGAUCGCGUUCACGAGUUCAGAGCCAUCAACGCAGAGGUGGUCGCCUGCUCAGUGGACUCCCAGUUCACACACCUGGCAUGGAUCAAUACUCCUCGUAAGCAGGGUGGUUUGGGGCCCAUGAAGAUUCCGCUGCUGUCCGACCUCACACACCAGAUCAGCAAAGACUACGGAGUUUACCUGGAGGACCAGGGACACACACUCAGGGGUCUGUUCAUCAUCGAUGACAAGGGAACUCUUCGCCAAAUCACCAUGAACGACCUGCCAGUCGGCCGCUCAGUAGACGAGACACUACGAUUGGUCCAGGCCUUCCAGUAUACGGACAAGCACGGAGAAGUGUGUCCCGCAGGAUGGAAGCCUGGCAGUGAUACAAUCAUUCCUGACCCAUCUGGGAAGCUGAAGUACUUCGACAAGCUUAACUAAGGACACACACACACACACACACACACACACACACACACACCCCAACAAUUCCAACCGAGGACUCCUCAACACCACUAUUACCCUAAUCUGUUCCAUUACACACACACACACACACACCCUCCACUUCACACACACACACCCCUUCCACUUGAGCCCGCUCUGGUAUCCGUCUGGCUCUGUGUCUUGCCAGUUGGCUGUCGGCCGCCAUGUUGUCUUCAUGUCUUGAAGCCGAACAAAUAAAACUGUUGAAGAGUUUUGAUAAGAAAAA